CUUCCUGCUCCUUGUUCCUCCUCCAACAAAAUCUUCCACCCUCUUCCCACAGCUCCUGGGAUCAUUCUGACCUGAUUGGUGCAUCUUCAACCCUUCCAGAGCCCAACCCUGACUCCUGUUAACCAUUCACCAGCAGAACGCAGUGCUUUCCACCAGCAGCAUUGGCACGGUGCAGAUCCUUGGGCUGUGACCUCGUGUGCUCGAGACUUUGUGGCACAGCUGCGUUAUGUUGCCCUCAGGACCUGCUCUUGUUCAGGCAACGGCUCCAUCCUAGCAGGAUGUGCUCCGUGUAGGAGGAUCAGCAGCCGCCUUCUGCCCCAGUUAAUGGGGCAGCUGAGCAUGGUCCUGGCAGCUGCACUGCCGCAGGCCAGAAGGUGCCGCCCUGCCAUGGACGUGUCCAACAGCACGAGGGCCGUCAACGUGAGGCACCCCAGCAGAACCACAUCUGCCCUCUGAGCUGCUCUGCUCCUCGCUCCCAUCCAUGUGGUUGCUGUGCUCGCCCCUCUGCAGGGCUGUACACCCAGCGUAUCUGAUGCACAUGGGUCUGGGGCUGCUCAACCCCAUAGUUCUCCAUCUCCCUGUUUGCUGCUGGAGCAAACAGGAAGAGUCCUGGCUUGUCAGCAGCUGGUACUGAGCUUGUGUGUAUUCCUCUGCUCAGCAAGGUCUGCAGAUCCCUGGGGAGGUGCAGAGGCAGAUAUAGAGAGAAGGCUGCUGGUGUCUGCUCUGUCGCAUUGCUGGGACAGCUUUCCUUGUGCAGCAGGACCCGAGCCCGAUCCUGGGCUGUAGCAUUCCUGCUCAUUGCUCUGGUUUCUCUUGGAACAAAGCGUGCUCAUUUGGCAGUUAGAAAGCACUGCAGAACAAAGUCAGUCUUACAGGUAGCAAUGCUCUGAUGGAUUCUUUUGCAAGAAGCAAACCAUCCUACUCUGCUCAUGGGCUUAUUUUGUGGCUGGAAACAACUAUUUUAAUCCAAACCAGAAAGAACUACUCACAUACCCAGAACAUUCAUUUUCCAGUCGAUCUCUGAAAGUAUCCAUUUGCCUGAAAUAGAUUUUUUUGUGUAUGUAAAGGAGCCGAGUCCCCAGUCCAGCCCUUGUAAGCUCAGAGAGCUCUCUGCCAGCGCUGGGGCCGCGCAAGGGAAGGAGGAGUUAAAGGUUUGCAGUGCAGGAGCAGCCAAGCUCCGACCCUCCUUGCAGGCUUAGAUCCUCUCACUCUUCCCUUCUGAUGGCUGAGAAAGCCAGCUCCAAUUCAGAUGCCCCUUUCUAGGCUAGGAUCAGCCUGCACCCGGCUCCCCUGAUUCGCGUUUUGGGAGAAAAGCAAGCGGAGCUGCCCCAGGGACGGGUUGGUGGUGCCGAGGGGAGGGCUGGCUGCCUGUGCAAAGUGCUCAGUCCUUGUGGGGCGGGACUGGGAGCACUGGGACGCUGCCACGCAGGGCUGUGGGAUCGGGACGGAGUUGGCUGGGUGCAGCAGAGGGCAGGCUGAUGCUGUGUCGAGGGAGCUGUGCGGAGUAUCCAAGGAGCAAAAGCACACGGGCCAAGGCAGGAGCUCCCACAAUGAUGGGGAACACCGUGUUCCUGUCAUUCACCUUCUACAGCACAAUCCUGAUUCUAAAGAUGUAUGUCGUUGCCAUCAUCACGGGACAAGUGAGGCUCAGGAAGAAGGCGUUUGCUAACCCAGAGGAUGCACUGCGCAAUGGAGGGCUGCAGUACUACCGUGAGGACCCAGAUGUGGAGCGCUGCCGCAGGGCACAUCGCAACGACAUGGAGAACAUCUUCCCCUUCCUCUUCCUCGGAGCUGUGUACUCUCUGCUGGAUCCCAGUCCUGCAGUGGCCAGGAUCCACUUCUUCAUCUUCUGUGCGGGACGCAUCAUGCACACCGUGGCCUACCUGCUGAAGCUGAGGGCUCCCACACGAUCCGUGGCAUACAGUGUGGCACAGCUGCCCUGCUUCUCCAUGGCCCUGCAGAUCCUCCUGGCAGCUGCCCCAUACUGGUAGCACCCAACCGAGCAGAGCACCCAACCCCCCCAUUCUGCUCUCUUCAGCUGUGCCAGUACUGAGACGUUCCUGGUGGGGGGGUGUGUGGGUGCUGCAGGGAUGUGUGGGAUGGCCUUGGUAAGGUCACUGGGCUUGCUGUUGAAAUUGGGGCAGGGGGAGCAGGCAGGGGAUGCCUAGCAGCUUUCCCUCGUUCCUGUCCUCGAGGAAGGGGUGUCAUCGGGGGAAAAGACAUUUUCUGCAUCAGUGACCCAGCGUGGGAUGAGGAAUGCUGCCCUUGAUCAGCAGCACCGAAUCAGGAGGGAGAAGCCACCACGGUCCCACAGCUCUGCGAGAAAUCUUGGUUGGUGGAUGUGGGUGUUUGCUGAGAGGGAGAAAAGCUUUCGAUCCGGUCCCAGCCUCAUCACGGGAUGCAGCAAGGACUGCCCAGAGCUGCCCGCAGAAAUCACUGCCCUGCAGAGAGCUGUGCUGCAGCCACGUGCUGCUGCUGCCUGGAAAUGCUCUGAGAGAUGCUUUCAAUGUGCACCCCAAGCUGUGCCCUGGGAGGAGGGCUCUGCUGUUCUUCUGUGCUGCGUGAGGAUGGCCAACCCUACUGUGCCACACAGCUGUCCUUAGGGAUGGUGCUGGGGCAGCCCCAUGGAGGGCAGGGCAGGAGGAAGGCUCUGAGGACAAUGCAAAGCUUUGCUAAGAUUGCAGUGAGAAAGCAGAAUGAGCAGAAAAUAAAAUUCCUUUCCACCUGUCUUAAGCACUAAA